AUGUCGAGCGAACUGAAACGAGAAAAGAUCGAAAUCGACUAUUACGCCGACAAGUCCAUAUUAUCAUCAUUCAUACACUUCUUCACAGACAAUAACAACGAACCGAAAUAUCUGAACAUGGUAUCUCGAAAGAAAAUAUCACUGGAUCUGAACGACAUUGCCAUACACGACCAUAUGCUCAUGCAAAGACUGAAAAACAACUUUGCAACGUAUUUAAGAAUGCUGUACGAGAUAAUCGAUGGUGUUAACACGCCAAGCGAUGUGGCGAUGAUCCAUCGACUCGAACGUAUGAAGGAGAAAUAUCCUGGUGUGGACGCGACAAAGAUAUUUCCGCCGUCUUUAAUGCGUGAUUACCUGUUUAGGAUAGUGCCACACACACAGUACACGCUGGGCAUCAGAAUGCUGCGCAGUGAUAAAAUCGGUCAUUUCAUCACCACACGUGGUAUCGUAACAAAGGUGUCACACACACGACCAUCUAUAAAGGUGGCCGUAUACGUCUGCGAUUCGUGCGGUUCUGAAACGUACCAACAGAUUAACAACCAGGAAUUCAGCCUGCUUGCCGUGUGCCAAAGCGAGAAGUGCAAAACCAUGAAAAUCAGAGGCACACUGUCGCUGAUCACUCGGGUAUCUAAGUUCGAGCCAUUCGUGAGCAUUUGCCUGCAGGAGAUGCAGGGUGACACGCCUGAAGGGUGCAUUCCUAGAGUGGUAAACAUCGAGAUGAAAGAGGCCGAUGUGCGCCCUGGGGACUGUAUCUAUGUGUGUGGUGUGCUCAUGGCCAGGCAGGUCUUCGGCCUAAUGAAUGAAAUCUAUCUGGAAGGAUUCGGCAUCGCUGAAUGCAAAACCAAAGGAACUGAUGAAUUGAUGCUGGACGAAGUAGUCGAUGAUCAGAUUGGUGACGAGAAUCAAAUACCCGAUGAGAUUAAGUGGGAUGGCGAUAUAAACGAGGCAGACCGAGCAAAUUUCACCGUACAGAACUUGGUGGCUUCCUUUGCACCGCAUAUUUACGGCAUGCACGAUGUCAAAAAGAUCCUGCUCCUGAUGCUUAUCGGCUCACCAAGCAUACAAAAAUCGGAUGGGAUGAGAAUACGCGGUGAUCUGAACGUGAUGUUGAUGGGCGACCCGGGUAUCGCCAAGAGUGAACUUCUCAAGUACUGCAUGGGCCUUUCCAAGCGAGGUGUGUACACAGCUGGCAGGGGAAGUAGUGGUGUUGGGCUGACUGCAAGUGUUCUGAGAGACCCUUUCACCAAGGAGUUUGUGUUGGAGGCAGGAGCUCUCGUCCUGAGCGACAAAGGAAUCUGCUGUCUGGACGAGAUGGAUAAAAUGGACGAGAAUGACCGCUUGAGUCUGCACGAGGUGCUCGAACAACAGAGUAUAAGCAUAAAUAAGGCGGGUAUAAAUGUGCGGUUGAAUGCGCGUUGUUGCGUUCUUGGUGCUGCAAACUUCAAAAGAGGAUUUUACGAUGAGAAAAAAAGCUUGGAACACAACACAGGACUGCCUGUGUCCCUAAUAAGCCGUUUUGACGUGAUUGUCAUUCUAAGAGAUGAUAGGGAUGAAAAUAAAGAUAGAGAGUUGGCCGAUUAUGUGGCACGGCAGCAUCUUAAGGAGAGCGAUACGAAUGACCAUAGCGCGGCGUUGAGUCAAACUGACUUAAAGAACUUCGUACAAAAGGCGAAGACCUUGAAUCCACGUAUACCUUCUCAUUUGAACGAUCGUAUUGUGAACGCGUAUACGGAUGCCCGAGACAAGUAUGAGCGGCUCACACCGCGCUUUCUUUUAUCGCUCAUCAGAUUGUGCAUGGCACACGCCCGGCUGCGCCUGUCUGACGAGGUGAAUGAGGGGGAUGUUGAAGAAAGUGCUAGGCUGUUGGAGGUGAGUAAACUACAUAAGACCAAAGAGAAAAAGAAAGAAGUUUCGUCAAAAUACCAAAUUUACAAUCAAAUAAUGAAAAUGAAGGCAGAUAGGACACGUCCACUCCGGUUAGAAGACCUGGUACGGAACAUAAAUUACGAUGAGCAAACGAUUUUAAAUGUGAUCAAGGAAUUUGAGGAAAAUGGUAUUUGGGUGGUUGAAGAUGGCGAAUUGCAGAUAUUUGAUUAAAAGUAAUUUAUUUCAGGUG